GCCAUCAUGUCUUGCCGCUCCUACCGAGUCAGCUCUGGUCGCCGUGUGGGCAACUUCAGCUCUUGCUCAGCAAUGGCCCCGCAGAACCUGAACAGGUUCCGAGCCAGCUCCGUCUCCUGCAGGAGUGGGUCCAGCUUCCGAGGCCUUGGCAGUUUUGGUAGUCGGAGUGUCAUCACCUAUGGAUCAUGCUCACCCCGGAUAGCAGCUGUAGGCUCUCGUCCCAUCCACUGUGGAAUUGGCAUUGGUGCUGGUGGUGGGUGUGGUGCUGGUCUAGGGUUUGGAGCCAGCAGUUGCCUUGGCUAUGGCUUUGGCUACAGAGUUGGAGGAAUUGGAGUCCCAGCAGCCCCGUCUAUCACAGCAGUGACUGUUAACCAGAGCCUGCUGACCCCUCUCAACCUGGAGAUUGACCCUAAUGCUCAGAGGGUGAAGCGAGAUGAGAAGGAGCAAAUCAAGACGCUCAACAACAAAUUUGCUUCCUUCAUUGACAAGGUGCGGUUCUUGGAACAGCAGAACAAGCUUCUGGAGACCAAGUGGAACUUCCUCCAAGAGCAGAAGUGUGCCAAGAGCAACCUGGAGCCCCUCUUUGAGAGCUACAUCACUAACCUGCGGAGGCAGCUGGAUGCAGCCAGCAGCGACCGGGCCCGUCUGGAGGCUGAGAGGAACAACAUGCAGGAUGUCCUUGAAGGUUUCAAGAAGAAGUACGAAGAAGAGGUGGGAUUCCGGGCCAACGCUGAGAAUGAGUUUGUGACUCUGAAGAAGGAUGUGGACUCAAAUUUCUUACAUAAAUCUGAUCUAGAGGCCAACGUGGAAACCCUAGCUCAGGAAAUUGACUUCCUGAAAACCCUAUACAUGGAGGAAAUCCAGCUGCUACAGUCACACAUCUCAGAGACCUCGGUCAUUGUGAAGAUGGACAACAGCCGGGACCUGGACUUGGAUGGCAUCAUCACCGAAAUCAAGGCCCAAUAUGAAGAGGUUGCCAGGCGCAGCCGGGCUGAUGCUGAGGCCUGGUACCAGACCAAGUAUGAGGAGAUGCGAGUGACAGCUGGCCAACACUGUGACAACCUGCGCAACACACGGAAUGAGAUCAAUGAGCUGACCCGCAUGAUCCAGAGGCUGAAGACAGAGAUCGAGCACGCCAAGACUCAGCGGGCCAAGCUGGAGGCCGCAGUGGCUGAGGCGGAGCAGCGGGGUGAGGCAGCCCUCAAGGAUGCCAAAUGCAAGCUGGCAGAUCUGGAGGGCGCCCUGCAGCAGGCCAAGCAGGACAUGGCCAGGCAGCUGCGUGAGUACCAGGAACUGAUGAACGUCAAGCUGGGCCUGGACAUUGAGAUCGCCACCUACAGGCGCCUGCUGGAGGGCGAGGAGAUCCGGCUCUGCGAAGGUGUUGGACCAGUAAACAUAUCCGUGAGCAGCUCCCGCGGUGGCCUGGUGUGUGGGCCUGAGCCCCUGGUCUCCAGCUCUACCCUCUCCCGCGGCAGAGUCACCUUCUCUGGCAGCAGCAUCCGUUCUGGUGGCGUCUGUGGCUCCAGUCUGGGUGGGGCCCAGGUCAUCAUGGGCAGCGGGGACCUGCUCAGCACAGGCUCCCGGGGAGGCUCGGUGCUGAUGAGAGAAUCCUGCACCCCCUGCGCCCCCAGCAUCCCCUGCCCGCUGCCCACCGAGGGCGGCUUCAGCAGCUGCAGUGGGGGCCGCAGCAGCCAAGGUUCCAGCGUCCGCUUCGUGUCCACCACCACCACCUCCCGCCAGACCAAGUACUGAGAGCCUAUGGCCAGCCACUGCCCUGGGAAGAACCAUCUCAGUGUCCCCUGCUUCUGUCCCCAAGGCUCCUGGGCCCUGGGGUCGGGGGGCUUCCCCUCCUACCAGGAAGGGACAGGGCUCUGUCCGGCCUGUGUCCUCUCGGGGAUACUCUUCUCUGCCUGGAUGCUCCAUCCGCAGCCCCAUCCAGAUGGGUUUCUCCCUGACUCCCAAUGUCCUUCCUUUGGAUCACUCCUCACCAUCCAUCUGAACAGCUUCAAGAAUUCAGAUUUGAUACAAUUACAAAAAUCUGUGCCUGAGGAGAAUAGACACAGUCCAAAGCCAAAAAGAAUGUCUUUGGGCACCAUGACCAUCCCAGCUUUGGACUAGUUUGGAGAAUGGGAAGUUGACUGUCCAUAGUGCAGCUGGGCCAGCAUCCUUGGCCUCCUUCCUCUUCCUUUCCCCGGCAGGAGAAGGUGUUUUCCUAGUUUCCUGACUCACAAGGAUCCACAGUACUUGAUGGCCAAGGGGACCCCUUAGUACCCUGAGAUGGUUCUUCUUCCAGGGACAGACGUCCUGGCUACUUCUUUUCCUGGGUUGUUGGUUUAACUCUGCAGCAUGUGAGCUCAUGAGGAGGGUGACCUCCGCUACACCCCACACAACUGUUGGUGGUGUGAGGGAGGCCCACCCCUGUCCGCUGCAGGAGGGUUUAUUCUGCAAGCUCCAGGGAGGCCUGGGGUGGGUUGGGGGACCUAUUUGUACUGCUCUUUGUGUUCCUGGGUUUUCAAUAAACUUGCCAAGCUAACAUCA